AUGCUAUUCUCACCCAAGCAUCAACAAUUGAAGAGUAACAAGCGUGGAUUCGGCCCCGUUUGCUACUCUGCUCCUCUCACCGCUCAAACCCUUCAAUGGGUCUGCACCGUUGCGUUGGCGGUUCUGGCAGUUUCCAGUGGCACUGCAGUUCAAAAGUCAUUUAUAGUUCCUUUAUUUGCUCUACAAGCACCUUCAAGCAUCUUCUCAUGGAUCAAGAGCAACUAUGGUAGUUGGACUGCAUUCUUGGCUCUUCUUGUUCAUCUUUUCUUCUUUAUCCCUGGUGGACUCGUACUUCCUCUCACAGCAUUGCUACUUGUGAUUGUGGCUCCUUACCAAGUAAUGAACCUAAGAGGUACACAAGGAGGUGCAGUUGUUUCUUUAGUUAUUGCAGCAUACUUGGCUUACCAACAUUUCUCACGGGCAGGUAGCUUGCAAAGUGCAUUUGACCAAGGAUCAAUUAUUGCCACCUUAGCCAUCAAAUGCAUCACUGCUGUCCCAUGUUUGCUUUUGAUCUGUUCUUAAUAUCACUUUGUGGUGUCAGAUGUGGUACCUAGUGUAACUGGCACAUAUAUGAGCAAAUACAUAUCAAGAGAGAGAAAAAGUAAGGCCAUUUUCUGUAUUUUGGUUGGUUUAUGUAUGUAAUACCUCAAUAAUUAGGUACAGUUGAAGAAAGGGAUGUAGCAUGUGUUUUGUAAUAUGUGCAUCGCGAUGUUAGUAAAAUAUCGUUUUUGAGCCUCAAA